AUGGUGGUUGUGAAUCUUGUGAUACCACUACUUGCAAAAUGGUGCUCAGCCAUCAUCAUCGCUGCAAUAUUCAGUGAGGUCUGCAAAAUGUUAGAUCCUGGGAAGCCCUCAUUCACACCAAAGAAAGGGAAAACUAGUGUAGUGAUGUUUGUUGGUCUACAGGGUAUGUUUGGGAAAACCACAACGUGCACAAAUUAUGGAUAUUACCAUAAAAAAAAGGGAUGGAAACCAGCUCUAGUCUGCGCAGAUAUAUUCAGAGCUGGUGCUUUUGAUCAGUUGAAGCAAAAUGCAUCUAAAGCUAAGAAUCCCUUUUAUGGAAGCUACAUGGAGUCAGAUCCUGUAAAAAUUGCAGUGGAAGGUGUAGAGCGGUUUAAGAAGGAAAAUUAUGAUCUGAUCAUUGUAAACACAAGUGGACGCCACAAACAGGAAGCUGCCUUGUUUGAGGAAAUGUGCCAAGUGUCUGAAGCAACGAAACCAGAUCUUGUUAUAUUCGUUAUGGAUAGUAGUAUUGGCCAAGCAGCACUUGACCAAGCUCAAGCUUUUAAACAAAGCAUUGCAGUUGGUGCUGUGAUUGUUACCAAAAUGGAUGGUCAUGCAAAAAGAGGUGGUGCACUUAGCGCUGUUGCUGCGACAAAGAGUCCAAUUAUAUUCAUUGGUACUGGAGAACACAUGGAUGAGUUUGAGGUUUUUGAUGUUAAGCCCUUUGUCAGCCGUCUUUUAGGCAUGGUUGACUGGUCUGGAUUUAUGGAUAAAAUUCAUGAAGUUGUGCCUAUGGACCAACAAGCGGAGCUUUUGCAAAAACUUUCCGAAGGGAGCUUCACUCCACGGAUAAUGGACAUGCUCAAAAGGAGCUUCACUCCUAGUGAGCUUGUUUGGUUACGUGAACUUCUUUCCGACUUUGGCAUUCCUGCUAUUGUUUUGGCGCUGAAACUUCAUCCAUGA